AUGACUUCAAAUUCCAACCUCAGAUUCAUUAAAACUUGGUCUUUAACUACUACUACUGAUGACAUGAAUUCGUCUCAGCAUUUUGAUUUUGUCAAUUUUGAUAAUUACUUUUCUUACCUUGACCUUGUAUUCGACGAUAUGGACCAAUCAGUUGAUUCUCUAUUAAACGACUUUAUCCGAAACAAUACAAUUCGAAAUCGUCUCCUUCCUUCUCCUCAACAGCAUCAACAUAUUCACGAUGUGUUGAAAGAAGUGAUCAAUUGCACCAUUCCCUCAGCUGGUAUUAGUUCGGUUAUUAAUCAUUACUUUAUUGAUUUUAAUGAUAUUAUCAUUUAUACGAAUUCAAAUGAUCUACUUAACCUUUCAAUCGGACUUGUUCAACGACAACAAAGAUCAUUUUUAAGUUUUAACGUAAAUGCUUUUAAGAAAGGAUUUGAUGAUAUUGAAUGGAACUUGGAAUCUUAUAAAAUGAAAAAACAACCAAAUGCUGGCGGUGGAAGUUUCUUGUCAGAGAUCCUUUCUUGUGAAAUUAUCACGAGGAUCUUAAAUGUGGAGUUGUUUAAAACCGAGAUGGAAAUCGAUUACUUCUUCGAAAAUCAGCCAAUGACCGAUUAUUUGGUUAAUUUUCGUCAUCUUUUUAAACAAACUUCUGCUUUGACGCUUGGAGUAUCAGUAACCAGAGCGUACGCACAUAAUAGAAGGUACACAAAACUUGACGCGUAUCGACUCCUAACGAAAAAACUUGCAGGAAUCAAUUGUUCUACGAGGAAUAUAACAAACGCAAAAUUAUGGAAGCAAGUUUUACAUAUCUGGUGUCCAAGUGGAAAAGUUGCUAGGAUUGUUAGGAAGGUUUAUAACAAGUUGGAUAAUAAAUUAAAGAGUAAUACCGUCGUUAUCGUCACGAUAGUUAAUUGUAAAUGGGUUUUCACCAAUAAACGAUAA